AAUCUCUCCCUAUAAACACACAACACUACCACAAAAAACUAACACAAAAAAGUUCUUCAUAUCAUUUUCUACAUAUAUUAACAUACAUUCUCCCAAAACAUGUCACUCUUGCAAAUAGCAUCCUACACCAUAGCCAUUGUCAUCUUCCUCUACUACCUAAUCACCACCACCUUCUUCAGAUAUCCGCGACCGCUUCCUCCCGGUCCAAAGCCAUGGCCCAUCAUCGGAAACCUCCCACACAUGGGCACAGUCCCACACCAUGCCCUAGCAAAGUUGGCCCAGAAGUAUGGUCCAAUUUUGCACCUUAGAUUGGGAUUUGUACAUGUGGUGGUGGCCGCAUCGGCGAGCGUUGCCGCCCAAUUUUUAAAAGUAAAUGAUGCAAAUUUCUCAAGUAGGCCCCCAAAUUCAGGAGCAAAAUAUAUAGCGUAUAACUACCAAGACUUGGUUUUUGCACCAUAUGGUUCAAGGUGGCGACUACUUAGGAAAAUUACUUCUCUUCAUUUGUUUUCUGCUAAGGCCUUGGAAGACUAUAAACCAAUUCGUCAGGAGGAAGUGGGCAUACUCACAAAGGCACUAGCAAAGGCUGGUAAAAGUCCGGUAGAAUUAGGACAACUUCUAAAUGUAUGCACCACCAAUGCUCUCUCAAGGGUAAUGUUUGGAAGGAGAGUGUUUGGCGAUGGUAACGGAGAAAGCGAUUCAAAAUCAGAGGAAUUUAAAGAUAUGGUAAUGGAAGUCAUGAUCCUUGCUGGUGAAUUUAACAUUGCCGAUUAUAUUCCCAUUCGGAUUUUGGAAUGGCUAGACUUGCAAGGUGUUGCUACUAAGAUGAAAAAGCUUCAUAAGAGAUUUGACAAUUUUCUUGGUGCAAUUUUGAAUGAACACAAGAAUAAUUCUAAGGGUGCUGAUUUUCUAAGCACAUUGAUCUCUUUGAAGAAUAAUAAUUAUGAUGAUGAGGGUGGACAAUUAACUGAUACUGAAAUUAAAGCCUUGCUCUUGAAUAUGUUUACAGCAGGGACCGAUACAUCAUCAAGCACAACAGAAUGGGCCAUAGCGGAGCUAAUUCGUCAUCCAAAAAUUUUGGCCCAAGUCCAACAAGAGCUAGACUCAGUUGUGGGUCAAGAUAGACUAGUUACCGAAUCAGACCUGCCCAAUCUAUUUUACUUCCAAGCAGUAAUGAAGGAGGUAUUCCGGCUUCACCCAUCGACACCACUUUCCCUCCCUCGAAUCUCAGCUGAACCGUGCGAAAUCAAUGGCUAUUACAUACCUAAGAACACCACCCUCCUUGUCAAUGUAUGGGCCAUUGCACGUGAUCCAAGUGUUUGGACAGAUCCACUACAAUUCAGGCCCGAAAGAUUCUUGCCGGGCGGUGAACGGCCCACUGCAGAUGUUAAGGGGAAUGAUUUUGAGGUCAUCCCAUUUGGAGCUGGUCGGAGGAUUUGUGCUGGCAUGAGCUUGGGGCUUCGUAUGGUUCAGUUAAUGACAGCCACUUUGGUCCAUGGUUUUAACUGGAAGUUGGCUGAUGGGCUAAUGGAGGAGAAGCUGAACAUGGAAGAGGCUUAUGGGUUAACAUUGCAACGAAAGGUUCCCUUGAAAGUCCACCCACUGCCUCGGCUGCCAGCUCAUGCAUAUAACUGGGCCAGUUAAAAUGAUGCAUAUACAGCUUUAAUGCAUACUUGCAGCUUAUAGGGACGAGGAAGUUAUGCCUUCCAGAAACAGUACUGAAUGUUCACAGCUUAUUGCAUAUCGCCUACCGUGCUUGUAGUUAUGGUGAAAUAAUAACAUGAACCGUUGUAGAAAUGCUUUCAUUUAAUUUAGUCUUCAGCUAAUAUUUUAAAUCAGAUGUUUCAAUCAUGUGUUACUUGUUACAAAGCAAUAACACAAAUUCGGUAGAGGCAUUACUAUGCAUGAUUAAAUUUCCUAUUUCUCAACUCGAAAGAUAGCAUACAGAUAAAUAAGAGUCUGCACCUCGAUUUUGAAAUCUUGUACAACAUAAAGCAGAGAACAGCUCGCUGCAUUAUAUUUCAAGAGUUCUAAGUCGGAUUUCGAUGCCA